AUAAAUAUGAUGAGGCAAUCAAUAUUACAAGUAUACAGCCUGGGCCCCAUUUGGUCCCAUAAUAUGAGGCAACUUUGCAAGUGAGUCACGGUCUGGCCGGGUAGACACGUUCAAAAGCGCGCGGGUCAACCGACUUCUGUAAUCACGAUGGUGGGCAAACCUAUCGUUCUUGGGCUCCCCCUUGACGUGCUUUUCGAGAUUUUUUGGUACCUUCACCCACUCGACCUUGUACAUCUUACUCGGGUAUCCAAACAGUUUCGUUUGUUUCUGCUUAGUUGUCGCAAAGCAAAGUCAAUAUGGACAGGAGCCUUGAAACGCGUCGACCGGCUACCUCAAUGCCCAUCGUACCUUUCCGAACCUGCAUAUGCAAACCUGCUAUUCUGGCCGUUCUGCCAUCGGUGUCACUCGUCGUGCGAUGUAAUUCAGUGGGAGUUACGCAUCCGUUGUUGUGACGGUUGCACAACUGAGAUGCUCAUUAGUCGAGAAAUGCUUCCUUUGUUCAUCGACCACUUGAACUGUCUCGAUGUUGAGCAGCUCGUACCCAUGUCAGUCAUGUGUUCUGCCGGGCCUUGCGUUAGGCACAGAGAUAAUACCUGCAGGAAGCCACUCACUGUGGCUUCGCACGCCGACGUCAAUAAACUCAACAGGCAGUAUAAAUUUGUGAAGGAUAGCCCGUUGUUGAACGACCUGAUAAUCCAUCGCGAGAAAGUCACCCAGGAAAUUUACCAGCACGCUGCUUUAUGUCGCAUCUGGGAGGCUGAAGUAGCUGACCGGCGUCGCAAAGAGCUGGUAGACCAGAGGAAAAGAGAUGUCAUUGAGAAACUCAAGAGCCUCGGAUUGGGAGAUGAGCUUGAAUCGCUGCGGUCGGAUGCCUCUGUGUUAAAAGAAUUUGACAACCUCGUCGUCAGACAAGACCAAGAGUUGACUGAUUCUUCGUGUCAGGUUUCUCUACUGAGGCUUCAGAAUUUUCUAGAAAUCAGGAGAGCUCGAAGGCUUACUGUCCUCCUCCAAGACCGCUUCAAGAAUCUUGCCGUUGUUGCAAGCGAUAUGACGAAGACAUUCAAAAAUGACAAGACCAACACCUUGAAGGUCUUCCCCCAAGCGAUAGACAUUUGUCUACUCUCGGAAGUUCGAUGCAUGAUAGAUGUUCCUGAGGUUAUGUCAACAGAAGCCUUUGUGGACGCACUUACCCUUCGUCUACCUCACUUGUUCUUAGCUUGGAACCGCCAGGUCACUGAGCAACUUGCAGAUCUAGUUCGCGCGCAGCUGUGUGGCAUCGAUAAUGAUGUCGACCCUCUCAAACUCGCCGCCUUAGUGUUCCGCUGCUCCAAUUGUCGAUUAUAUGUCACUUAUCCAUCAGCACUCGCCCACCCUUGCCUACGUGCUAAGACAUUUGACAAACCGUGGGUCCAGCCUCCAAUGGAAACAACAGCACUCGGUAGGACUAUGUCGCUAGUAGAAGUUUACGAGAAAGCAGCAAUCGAAGCCUUCGAGACGUACCCAUGGAAUUGCACUGUUCUGGAAGCAGGCGGAUAUACCAAGCGAAUACGUAAUCUCUUCCAAGUUCUCGGACGAGACCCGAAUUCUACUACGGUCGAUGAUUUGGAAUCUUGUCCAAUUCGAGUAACCUGUAAGAGUUGUUCUGGAAGUCGGAAUCGAAUGAUUCUGACUUACCGCACCGCCCUCAUUCACUUGGUACGAAACCACAGCGAUAGCAAGGACGAUGCUGUGUGGGGCGUUGUUGUAUGAUCCUCAAGUUGUGUAGAUGGACCUGCUCGAUUUCGGAAUUUAUAUACCCAAUACACUUUUAUGCAGUGUAUAACCGGUUUUUGGUGUAAAGCGUCGAUUCAGCAUACGUGCAUGAGCUCUAUGUGCUGCAUUGUUAUUUACAGUAUUUCGAACUUGCAUACAAUG